GAAAUCUAUUCACAUGUUCCACCGCCAUGGCUCUUCAACAACUUAAAGUACUUUAUUUGGAGUCUUGUCCGGUGAUGGAAGAAGUUAUUGCAGCAACAAAUGAUGGGCUCAAGGAAGUGAUUGAUGAUGUGAUUGAAUUCCCAAAGUUGGAGUGGUUAAUACUGAAAGAUCUAUCGAACCUCAAUAGGUUCUGUAAUGCAAAAUAUAAUUUUAAUUUACCAUCAUUAGAGAGAGUUGUUUUGAAGAGGUGUCCGAAGAUGCGCAACUUUAAUUUUGGACAAGUACGCAUGUCACAGAUAUUUGAAUGCGCAACGGCAGAUGACAAUGACUAUGCCGGCCAAGAAAGAAAGUUCUCCGACCUUUAUUGGCUGCAGGAGUAA